AUCCCAAGAUGCAUCGCGCAAUGUCAACUGUGUCCCGCUACGGGUCCCACACUUUCUUGGGAAAUGGAGUCCAAGCUGCCCUGAAAAUUAACGGUCCCAGUUAUUCUGAGACUCCAUUCCCCAGCAAGCUCAGCGUGUAGCAUACAGCAUGGAGCCGCAAGUCGCUGAGCUGAAGCAGAAGAUUGAGGACACGUUGUGCCCUUUUGGCUUCGAGGUUUACCCCUUCCAGGUGGCAUGGUACAAUGCAGUCCUGCCUUCAGCCUUCCACCUGCCCCUGCCAGGACCUACCCUGGCCUUCCUGGUACUCAGCACACCUGCCAUGUUUGACCGGGCCCUCAAGCCCUUCCUGCAGAGUGGCCACCUCCAACCACUGACUGACCCUGUGGACCAAUGUGUGGCCUACCACCUAGGCCGUGUUAGAAAGAGCCUCCCAGAGCUGCAGAUUGAAGUUAUCGCUGACUACGAGGUACACCCCAACCGGCGUCCCAAGAUUCUGGCCCAGACAGCAGCCCAUGUGGCAGGGGCUGCUUACUACUACCAACGACAGGAUGUAGAGGCUGACCCCUGGGGAACCCAGCAUAUAUCAGGUGUGUGCAUACACCCCCGAUUUGGGGGCUGGUUUGCCAUCCGAGGGGUAUUGCUGCUGCCAGGAAUAGAAGUGCCUGAUCUGCCACCCACUAAACCCCUCGACUGUGUACCAACAAGAACUGACCGAAUCGCCCUGCUUGAAAGCUUCAAUUUUCAUUGGCGUGACUGGGCUUACCGGGAUGCUGUGACACCCCAGGAGCGCUACUCAGAAGAGCAGAAGGCCUACUUUUCCACACCACCUGCCCAGCGCUUGGCCUUGCUGGGCUUGGCCCAACCCUCAGAGGAGCCUAGUUCUGCAUCCCCCGAGCUUCUCUUUACCACACUGAUACCCAAAUCUCAGAAUCUCAGCAGAGCCAGGGGGUGGCUCAGCCCCAGGGUCUCACCACCUGCAUCCCCUGGCCCUUGAUACCCUCCUCCCCUGUGAGAUCCCUAUUUAUACCAGUGGUACUUGCUAAGACUUAACCUGGCUUUGGCAAGGCAAAGGUUUUAUUUUGGCUAAAAGAUGAUUACUUUUGAUAAAAGAAUUAUAGUAGAGAUCUUCAAUGAAGAUAAUGAGGCUCAGAAGUCUGGUCAAGACAGAAAUCAAAGACUAAUAAAUCAAUAUUAGUUAGUAUUUCAAUAGGGAAAAAGACGAAGGCAGACUCUGAAUUCCCACCUGCCUUGUCAUAUGGAAUUAUUGCCUGUUACCAUUAGUCUACAGUGCUACAUGUUACAAGGACAAAGGGGUAUUUAUUGCCUGUUACCAUUUAUCUGCAAUGCUCCAAGAUGUUACUUGAUAUAAGGCCUAAGGGACAACUAAUCCUCUAAGCAAUAAUAUAAAUAAUGUAUCAUAGUGUUGUUGUGUGAACUGAAUACAUGUAAAACAUUUCUGAAACAGCCUAGCUUACUGCAGUAUUAUCAGCUGUUCUUAUGUCUUGAUGUCUGGUAGGCUGGGGUAGCUGAUAAAAACAAGUGUAUGGAAGGUCACCAUAUAAUAUAUCCUCAGUUCUGAAUCUGCCCUAGCUUUAAGGGCCCAGGAGGUACCCCACCCCCCACCAAUACCUCCCUCAGGACAAUGAUAUGAAUGAGGGCAAAAAAAAGGACUACCUCAAAUCAAGGUUAGAACCCAGGGGAGGUGAGAGGUGUUCAACCUUAUGCUUUUGAUUUGCAAGGUUCUAUCCUACAAAUACCAACACUGUGCUUAUCUUCUCCCCCUUUCAGUUAUAAAGUUACAGAGCCUCUAAUUCUAAUCUUUUACAAAGCCAGUAGCAGAUUUUCAUCAGAAGCUAAUCUUCCCUGGGCCUGGUGGCUCAGUUGGUUGAACAACUGUCCUGAACACCAAAAGGUUGCAGGUUUCAUUCCCAGUCAGGGAACACAGAGAUUGCAGGUUCAGUGCCCAUUCAGGGCACAUGUGGAAGACAACUAAUCAAUGUUUCUCACAUUGAUGAUUCUCUCUCUCCAUUCCCCUCUCUAUAAAAACCAAUGAAAUCAUAUCCUUGAGUAAAGGUUUAAAAACAAAAA